GAGGUUUUAAUUUAGUCCCUCUCUGCACGCUUUGGCCCCUCGGUGGUCCCCUAGAACCCUAGAAUCGCCGAGGCACCUUGGAUACGCUGAAUGACAUCGGCACCUCCCCUCAGUGCAACGUUUCCCCGAUGAGCGAAGCUCCUGUAGCACACUAACAGAGACUUGUCCAUUUUGUCAGCCACUUUCACUAGAGACAAUAAGUUGCGCGUAACCACUGUUUUCCCAGAGUUUGUGGGGACUGAGGCUCCCGAGGCAUGCUUCACGGAUGGCCGACAGUGUUGUGGUCCCUUUGUGAGUCUCUCCACAGUGCUCUCCCCUGGCUGAGGUUUGCUGCAGCUGUGGCUUCUCAAUAGGGCUUAUUGUAGACGCGCGGAGUGUGCGCGAGCAGCGCAGUGAUAGAGCGGAACAGAGGGAAAGACGCCUGUAGUGCAGGGAUGCUCCUGAAUAUGUUUCCUUCACUCACUCGGAAAGAGCGCGUCUAGAGCGGCUGCGACGUGACGGGAUCCUUCUGCAUUUUCACAAGAACGUUCACAAUUUAUAAACACGCGAAGGACCAGGAAGAAAAGGUUUGAGAGCUUGAGCUACAAUCAUCGUUCAUUCCUGUGGUCUUUCCCAUCAAUCACCGGUCAGACGGUCUGCUCUAUCCCGCUACCCACGCCAGUGCUGAGGGUGGUGCACAGUUUCCCAGGAGCCACCUUAUAGGCUCAAGAUCUUUGGUGCCUGUUCAGUACGAAGGAGUGUAUUUUUUAUUUUUCCUUCAUCCUUUAAUCUAAAUGAUGCACGUAGGCUCUGCAGUGUGGACUGGACUGACUGUAAUGACUAUGUUGCUGUUAGCCCAGUGGGACGUGGGCUGCUGGGGGUUGACUCUGAACUCUAUCCCGCUCCGCCCGGCUUCCCUCAGGCCCUUCAGAGCUAGUGUGGGUGCAUCCCUUCAAAGACACAAGCGCAACUGGGUGUGGAACCAAUUCUUUGUCCUGGAGGAGUACACGGGAGAUGACCCUCUUUAUGUUGGCAAGCUUCAUUCCGAUGUGGACAAAGGUGAGGGCAAUGUAAAAUACGUGCUCAACGGCGAAGGUGCAACAUCUAUUUUCACCAUCGAUGAGAACACAGGCGACAUACAUGCCACAAAGCGUCUGGACCGGGAGGAACAGGCCUACUACACACUGCGAGCUCAGGCCAGAGACCGGGCCACCAACCUGCCAGUAGAACCAGAGUCAGAAUUCGUUAUCAAAGUGCAAGAUAUCAAUGACAAUGAGCCCAAGUUCCUGGAUGGCCCUUACAAUGCUCAAGUACCUGAAAUGUCUCCUGUUGGCACAUCUGUAGUUGAGGUUAAGGCGACUGACGCAGAUGACCCCACAUAUGGAAACAGUGCAAGAGUCGUGUACAGCAUCCUUGAAGGACAACCCUACUUCUCAGUGGAACCAAAGACAGGCAUUGUGAGGACGGCUCUGCCCAACAUGGAUCGAGAAGCACGGGACCAAUAUCUGUUGGUAAUCCAGGCCAAAGACAUGGUUGGUCAGAUGGGAGGACUCUCAGGCACAACGUCGGUGACGGUUACCCUGACAGAUGUUAACGACAACCCACCCCGUUUUUCACGGAAAUCCUAUCAGUUUGCUGUGCCUGAAUCCCUGCCUGUGGCAUCGGUGGUGGCCAAGAUAAAAGCCUUGGAUUCUGACAUUGGACCAAAUGCUGAGAUGGACUACAGAAUUAUAGAGGGCGACGGCCUUGGGAUGUUCAGGGUCGCGUCAGACAAAGAUACCCAGGAAGGAGUCAUAACUCUACAGAAGAAUCUUGACUUUGAAACAAAGUCAAGCUACACUCUGAAAAUUGAGGCAUCCAACAGGAACAUAGACCCACGGUUCUUGUCUCAAGGACCUUUCAGUGAUACAGCGAUGGUGAGGCUGACUGUGGAGAAUGUAGAUGAGCCUCCUAUCUUCUCCUCUCCGCUCAGCAAAAUGGUGGUCUCUGAAGCUGCUAAAGUGGGAACCAUCAUAGGAACCGUCUCUGCUCUGGACCCAGACUCCACCAAUAGUCCCAUUAGGUAUUCAAUAGACAGAAACACAGAUUUGGAGCGAUUUUUCAACAUCGAGGCAACAACAGGAGUCAUCAGCACGGCUAAGCCUUUAGACAGAGAAGCCAAUGCUGUGCACAACAUCACCAUCCUGGCUAUUAAAAGCUGCUGCUGGGGCUAA